UUGAAAGUCUCACAUUCGAUAAAGUGGAUGUCAGAAGUUGCCAGAAAUCGCUGAUGAUGCAGGACAACGAAAAGUCUAUUCGCGGUAGCAGAGGAAAGUCUGACUAAGCGCGUCAGCAUUAUUUUUAUAGCCGAGCUGUGCGAUAUCGAGUUCAUCGCUCUGUGACCGUGACUGCCUGAAAAUGAAUCCUCUAAAGGAAACUGGCGAACAAGACAAAAUCAAUCAAAGGCCUACCGCUGGAGUGGAACGUCCCCCAUCAGGGUCAGCUACAACAAAUGGAAGGAAACAAGUUAAUACGACUAAUUGCGCAAGUGGGAUUUCAACUUCGUUACUAGUUACCGCCGAAAGCAGUAGGACGCCUCCGACAAAUGCACCCCCAGCUCAUCCCAUCAUUGACGAAAAUCCGCACGCACCAAAUUUAAAUUUAAAUUUGGCAAUGCAUCGCUAUUUCACAUUUCCACUUAUCUUUCUUCUGACGUAUAAAACUAAAAUGCAACACAUGCUGGCGGAUCUAGGCUUAUAUUUCCUAAUCGACGGUGGUCGCGCUCUUUUGCGCUGUCAGUUUUGCGAAUUGAUCAUCACUGCAGAACAAUUUCAAGACUAUUUUGGCAAAGGCAUUGAACACGCCCGAAAGAUUAUCCUUGGAAAAAAAUUCAAUUGUUCAAUAAUUGCCUUUGAGGAUUCUAAAAAUGUGCCGAUGGGAGAGGACGUUGACAGCGUACUGAAUUACAAAUUUGAGGCCCACCGUCUCUAUUCUUUGAUGAAAAAGACCGACUGGAUGUUUGUGGAACCUUUUGGACUAGCGAAAAGUGGAUUUUACUACACCGGAGACGGAGACAACGUUAUGUGUAUAUUCUGCAAUUUGGAAGUCCGUGGCUGGGAAGAAGGAGACACGGCUGAUGGAGAACACCGGCGUUGGAAUUCAAAUUGCCCAUUUUUAUACAAGAGGCAAAGUGUUCAGAACAUAGCGCUUGGAAGUGAGUCCGCCGAGAUGAAUACCGACAGCAUCGGAACUGUACACAAAGGGGCGAAACCGCUAACAACCAAUGAACAACCUCCGGCUCCAGUCAUGGGCAAUCAGGAUGGUCAUCCGCCUGCUGCAGUCCCUCAGGAUGAAGCUGCAGCCCCUCAGGGUGGACCUGCAGCCCCUCAGGAUGAACCUUCAGCCUAGAGUGUAUUUCAAUACCAAACUUUAGUAUUGUCUGGAUCUUUUCUUGACGUAACUGGUAUUGUUCUGGUAUUGUUUUUAAAAGGAAUAUUUAAAAUU